AUGGACCAAGGUCCUGUCGACGCCGGUCCGACGGGUGACAGCGAAUAUGGCGACGACCCGCGACGGGCCUACUCGCCGGAGCAUGAUCGCGCAGCUUCACGAGCGAAGAGUGGCUUUCGUAGCACCUCCGUGCGACAACCAGCCGUCCAGCAGAAUCAAACAUACCCUGGGAGUAGAUCUCGCGAUUUCACCACUGACGCUCCCGAACUCGAAGAUGGUAGUGACUCUGUAGACUCCAGUGGAGAUCCGCCUCUCUAUGUGCGAGUCGGCGCAACUGCUGCGGAUAUUGCUGCUGAUGCUGCCGGAGACGAUGAUCAAUACAUGAAGGACCCCAGUGACAUCGAACAAGUCAAAGACGACGACUAUCGUCUUCACAGGAUGCACAAGUUCACUCUGUACGAGACGAAUGCCCGUUACUGGAUCACUGGUUCAGAUAUCACAGACAAGGCUUUUCGCCUGUUGAGGAUCGAUCGAACGAGUCCUCCUGGUCAACUAUCGCUUUUCGAGGAUGAGACUGUCUACGAUCGGCAAGAGAUGAACGACGUGCUCAACGCAAUUGACCAAGGCAACAGGUCCACUGGCGGGCUCAAGAUGAGGUUCAGCUUCUGGGGCAUGCUCGGCUUUAUCCGUUUCACCGAAGCGUACUACAUGCAGCUGGUCACCAAGCGCAAGCAAGUUGCUAUGAUUGGAGGUCAUUACGUGUAUCAAGUAGAAGGCACGGACCUCAUACCACUGACGACGGGCUCGAGUAGCAACUUCUUGCGUGAUCGCAAUCCAGAAGAGUCGCGCUUUCUGGGCAUACUCAAUAAUCUUGACCUGACAAAGUCCUUUUACUUCAGCUAUUCGUACGACAUCACUCACUCGUUACAGCUAAACAUCAUUCGACAACGCCAGGCUAUGAAUGAGGGCAUUGCUGUUGCAGCACAUGAGUACAAUGGCAUGUACGUAUGGAACCACCACUUACUGAAAUCCGCUGUCAACGCGCUCAAACAUCCAUAUGACUGGUGCUUGCCAAUCAUCCAUGGGUUCUUGACGCAGGCAGCUUUGGAUGUCUUCGGCCGGACCGUCUACGUCACCAUCAUUGGCAGAAGAUCGCGCUUUUACGCUGGAGCCCGAUUCUUGAAGCGUGGAGUCAAUGACCUUGGUUAUGUUGCGAACGAUGUCGAGACCGAGCAGAUUGUGGCGGAGAAGCUCACCACAUCCUUCCAUGCUCCUGCCCAAAGACUCUUUGCCAACCCUAAAUACACCUCUUAUGUGCAUCACAGAGGAAGCGUUCCCCUUUACUGGACGCAGGACAACAGUGGCGUUACGCCGAAGCCGAGUAUCGAGAUCAGCCUCCACGACCCUUUUUAUCAACCAGCAGCUCUGCACUUUGACGACUUGUUUGGUCGUUAUGGAAGCCCUAUCUAUUGCCUGAAUCUUGUGAAAGCUCGCGAAAAGACUCCACGAGAAUCAAAGCUACUUGACGCUUACGAGGACUGCAUUUCAUAUCUCAAUACUUCGUUGCCUGCAGACAAGAGGAUAUUGUACAAGGCUUACGACAUGGCGCGGGCGUCGAAAGGUCGGAAUAGCGAUGUGAUUGGUGGCCUCGAGACUAUCGCGAAGGAGAUCUUUGACAAGACUGGCUUCUUCCAUAAUGGAGAUUCUGACCUGUGUGAGCCACAAGCACAAAAUGGCGUCGCGAGGACAAAUUGCGUUGACUGCCUCGAUCGUACCAAUGCUGCUCAAUUUGUCAUUGGAAAGCACGCUUUCGCGCAGCAGUUGAAAUGCCUUGGUAUCAUCAGUACGGAUGAAGUUGCGUACGAUACAGACGCAGUCAAUUUGUUCACUUCGAUGUUCCACGAUCAUGGCGAUAAUAUUGCCAUGCAAUACGGGGGGUCACACCUCGUGAACACCAUGUCGACGUAUCGCAAGAUGGGGCACUGGCAGAGCUCUAGUCGAGACAUGGUCGAGAGCUUCAAACGAUACUACCACAAUUCGUUUCUUGACGGCCAACGUCAGGAAGCAUAUAACUUGUUCCUGGGCAACUACAUCUGGGCAAAAGGACAGCCGAUGCUCUGGGAUUUGGCAACUGAUUAUUAUCUUCACCACAGUGAUCCUAAGGCUUGGCUUGAGCGCGAGCGGCGCGACUAUAUCAAAUGGUACACUCCAGAGCAUCUCCAGCCUCGCGCUGUCCCAAAGAAAGUCCUCAAAGCUCGAGUGGCGAAAGAGCUGCACACAGCAGGCAUCGCGGCCUUCGAUGACUAUUGGAGGGAAUGCUACCGUCCUACAGCACUAUCGUCACUCGAGAAGGUCUACUCAUACAGAAUUACGUCCACCAACAAGUCUUUCCUGCCCGAGCGACCAUUUGGCGAUAACAAGUUCGACUUCAGUCCCUUCGUCCGUCGUUUAGAUCCUCAUAAACUGCAGCACUUGGAAUCACCCGAGAAGCCGCGACCGAGGAAAGGCGUCACGAUUGUCGACCCGCACGACACGAUACAGGAGGAGCCGGAUAAUGUUCCUCGACCGAUGACCGCAAACUCAUAUGAUAACGACUUACCGCUCGGCAUUCUUCGAGAACCUACAGUGUAUCGACUACACGGGGAGAAGUCAACUAAAGUACAUGCGGCCACAGCCAUAGGAGAGCAGGAAUUCAAACCCGCCGAUAAAGCGCAAAUGCAUCUCUGGACUUUGAAUCAGUUCCAUAGGCAAUCCUUGAACCCCCACGUAUCGGACUCCGAAGAACGAGAAUAUACGCGUUACAUCUCACAUCCUGCGAACAUUCCUCUGGUAGUCAGUACCGAGCUCCCUUCGGAUGCAAAUAUCGACUACGUGGAUUACGUGCAGAGAGCAGGUGGCGGGAGAAAUUCGGAGUACGAUUUUGAUGAAGAGGAUGAUAUGACGUUUGGGGGACAGGGCGUCAGCGAGGAAGACUUUCAGAGUUAUUUGGAUUAUCUGGAGGACAAGGAAGAUCCUCUGACAGUCAGUGAGGAGGAUGGGACGAAGAAGAGGUACAAGGCUUACAGACAAUGGCUGAAGGGGAAGAGUCUGUUCAAACAGAGUAAGGUCGAUCCCGAAUAUCGGGCUGAA